AUGUCAGACGUCUCCUCCUCGCGGCGCAAGAACCGCAAAGCCCAUUUCAGCGCACCCUCCUCAGUGCGCCGCAAGAUUAUGUCGUCAUCCCUAUCCAAAGAACUUCGGGCAAAAUACAGCGCGCGGUCACUGCCGAUCCGCAAGGAUGACGAAGUACGGAUUGUGCGGGGAAAGUACAAGGGUCGGGAAGGAAAGGUUACGCAGGUGUACCGCAAGAAAUGGGUCAUUCAUGUUGACCGUGUGCAACGCGACAAGUCUAAUGGAGCUACUGCUCCCAUUGGUAUCCACCCCAGCAAAGUCGUGAUCACCACCAUCAAGCUUGACAAAGAUCGUCGGGCAAUUCUUGACCGCAAGGACAGGUCAAAGACCGCACAACCCGCCGCUCAGGAGGAUGUCGAGAUGGUGGACGCGUACUGA